AAACUUAUGUCUCGAGCUUGGAGUAUAGGAUGAAAGCCGUCUACUUUCUCAAACUACUGUUGUCAAAUUAUUUCUUAAUUUACUAAAAAGUCAAUCUGCCAAGUGAAAAAUGAUAUGAGUUGAUCUCUAUCAAAAAAUCUUUCAUAAUAUUACAAUAUUGUUAAUUUCUGUAAACGUGUUAUAACAGAAAGUCAGGAACACAUUGUCAAAAUGUUUUGGAUACCAUUUCAAUCUCCAAAACACACAUAUUUCAGACCGGAGUCAAUAAUUUGAAGUGAGUUUAAAAUCUGGCUCCAAGAUCAGCAAACAACCAACACCAUGAAUUCAUUAAUUACAUCCAGUGAUCUUUUUGAAGAUAACUAGAACUUGCUAGUUAUUUGUCUUGCAGUAUUCGUUUUCGCAUCAUACUUUGUGAGGUGGCACUGGCAUGGUCUGUCUUUAUUUUUUAACACAGCCGAGAGUAUGCACGAAGACCUAUGUAUCUUCAAUUUUGAUAAGGAGAGCGAACAAAGGUCAUCUACCACCAAACCACACAGCACGACACGAACGGCACAUCGACGGCCUGGCCUCAACGCGCCGAGGACUGGUGGAGCGGCCCUAGGGUAACGGUGGUGUGCAACGAGGCACUGGUACUACUGGCUGCUAUCAGCCUGUUCUUCAUGGCCACCUUUGGGUCCCGGCGUCGCCGAAGCAGAAACUUACUCAUCCAAUACGGUGUCUUGGGCGCAUACACGUUGUCCUCCUCCCUGGUGCCACACGCACUUGGUUCUAUGCAGUCAUCCGCAGUGAAGAGCAGCAUGUACCCCAUUUGGGCCACAUCCCUUUACCUCCUCAUUGGUUGUGCUGAUUCGAUUACAGCUUAUAGUCUCGAUGACAACAACCAUUUCACACGUCAGCAGUUUUUGUAUCUUCUCUACAAUACAUAUUUGGGGUUAAUUACCAGAUCUGAUAUUACCCUGAUUUCUUAUCUGCUAUUGGUUGCUCCUCAUAAAUUUUUGCAAAGAAUCUGGGCAUAUAAUCUGGCAAGCACAUCAUGGAACUUGAAUAAAAUGGUUGCUGACUACAUGUAUCAGGAGCACACCAAGAGUGGAUCAUCUUACGAUCCAACCAGCAUGAAAGGUUAUCAUUACUUAGUUGAUUGGCCCCUCCGCGAGUCAAAACUGGAAGCUGGGAUGUUAUAUGCAACAGAAUCAAGAGCGGACGGUGCUCAAGUCAUUGACAUAGAGAGAAUAUGGCUGUGCUGUGGACUAAGCCCAGAGCUGAAGGAUGUGUGCCUUUCCUUCUCUCUAUUUCAUCUGUUGAGGAGGCGCUUCUUUGGGUUUGCAUGCGCUGAAUCUUCGCAGCGGAAGACACAUGAUUUUGUCUUCAAGGGGCUUCUGUCCAAGAAUGAGGAUGGCGGCGUCGAUUACAACAGGGUUUUCAAGGUGAUUGAGGUUGAGUUAGCUUUUAUGUAUGAUUUCUUCUUCACCAAGUAUGCUGUCGUUUACUAUGGAUCUAAAAAGGUUUCAACGAUUUGGUCCUUGGCUUCAGCUACCUUAAUAUCUGUGACAGUCUACCAGCUGACAACCAGAAUUGCCUCUAAUCCGAAUGGGUCCGAUUUCCUGCACACCACAACAUCUGAUGUUGUUAUCACAGUUCUGAUACUAGCAUGCAUUGCUUUGCUUCAGUUUCUCCAAGUGUUGCUUUUUUGGAAUACCAUUUGGGGCAGAGUGUCCUUUGUUUGUCAUUAUGUCCGGGAAAAAGCAGUGAACAAAAGGGGAAGCAUCUGCAUGAGACCUUUUCAAAAGAGCUGUUGUAUGAGAUUCAGGGAGAUUAUUCUUACCAAGAUUAUCGGUGUGUCCACAUCAAGGUCAAGCAAAUGCUACUAUCAAAAUAAGCUUGGGCAGUACUCCUUGCUUGAAUCAGUGAGAUACAAGCAGCACAGUCCACCUAAGGUAGGGCAUAGUAGGUUUAUGCAACGAUUUUGUAGCCUUCUUAUGCAUCCAGACUUUGAUCACCUUUGUGAGUGGAACAAAGACAUUAUUCAUGCAAAAAGUGUCCGCAAGGGACGUGGGAAACCUGCAGCUGUCAAUUUACCUGCAGAGGUAAAAAAGGCACUUGUCAAUUCCCUCCAACGUACUCAGGGUGUUCUAGCGAGCGGAGAAUCGUCAUUGGUGUACAAUGAGGUGCGUGACCUCUUAUGGGCUUGCAGGCAUGAUAUGCUCCCAGUCUCAGACAAGGAGAAUCAGACGCACGUCAUUCUGACUUGGCACAUUGCAACAUGUUACUGCGAGAUGGCAGCAUUGAAAAAUCUUUCCCCUAGUACUUUGGGGGGAGAACUCAAGUUCCAUCUUGACGUCGCCACCAUACUAUCCAAGUACUGUGCAUACCUGGUGGUAGACCAGCCAAAGUUGCUUCCUGGGCACCACUAUGAUACAAGCCUUGUUUUUGAUUCAGUUGCAGUGGAAGCAGCGCGAUUUCUGCGAAAAGAGAAAGACAAGUAUGAGGCCAUGAGAAGUUUGCCUGAAUCGACAGAGACAUCCAUCUUCCGGAAGGGUGUAAAGCUGGGGAGGCAGCUCGAGGAGAUGGAAGACGACAAGCGUUGGAAGGUGCUUGCGGAUUUCUGGGUGGAGAUGUUGCUCUACGUCGCACCAUCAGAUAAUGUGAAGGAGCAUAUAGAAUGCCUGGCAAAUGGAGGGGAGUUUCUCACACAUUUGUGGGCGUUGCUCUCCCACGCCGGCAUUCUGGACAGGGGGCAAAGGAAUGUCGCCGACAUAGAAAAUGUAGGAGCUGACCAGCCCAAUCCUGGAGAGCUAUCAUACGGUGCAGCUCUGAGGCUUCGCCGUGCGAGCUCCUACCUCGACAGGUGUAGAGAAGGGGCGGCCCCUGCCACCUGCUCCACAAAUCAACCAGCAACGAGUGCAAACUGUGUGCAACCACCGGAAAUAUCUGUUGAAGGUGGAAGGACAGUUACAAGUGGACAAAGCGGUGGAAAUGAUCAGUUCCAAGGCGUGGCAACUUAAACGUUCAAGAAGUCAAGAGCAAGUGCCUGGAAUCACCGGAUAGAUUCCGGGGAAGCUCUGGCAUCUUUAUCCUAGAAGGGGCAACAUUCUUCGCUUUGUGAAUUCAUUUACAUAAUCGCAAUCUAUCUCCAUGAUUCGCUUUAGUGAUUUUCUGUUACUGCAAGUGUGUGCUUGGAAGGAUGCUGGUGCGAUCGAUUUCUCGUAUUAAGGCAUUGGCUACUUGUUGGUUAUGUUAUGCAUUUAGGUCAUUGCUCGCUGCUGUACUAGCAUUGCUUCUCUUCAUAUCCUUGUCAGUUGUUUCGGACAAUACCCUGUGGUCGUGUGUAUUGCUGCACUUUGUAUCUUGUUUUCUCUACUUAAGGAAUGAUACUCAGCUCUACUGUACAUUCUUGAAGAAAAAGUAAUAUUUUGUGUGCUUAGGUGCUUCGUUUUAUCUGAAUUGCCUGUU